UUUUCCGGUGCGUGGAUGAACUGCCCGAGGUACACUGCGGGCUUCUUCGGAGGUGUUCGACGGCAUCUGGCAACUCCUCCAGCCAGGUUUGGUUACCCUGGAGCGCCGGGCGUCUUAAGAGCUAGUUGUGGACAGGGCCACGACGCGGCAGGAUAUCUUAGAAAGGAGCUCGGUGGUGGGGGCGGAGCGGCCCCUGCGGGCGGCUGCAACUGCGCUCCGUUGGUCGCCUGUGCAGCUGAACUGAACCAGAUUCAAAGUGCCUGCAAUCUCGGAGGUGGAAUUCAAGGAGUCUGCUGCCCAGUGAGGACCUUAGCUUCCAUCGCUCCUCCAAAGGGAACUGGGGACAACCGGAUUCUCACAGCAUCUCGCGUCCAGGUGAGGAUGGGUAAUCUCGAUACUGGAAAGGUGAACCAGGCCUGUGAAAAGGGAGUCAAUGUUGUGUCUGGCUUCAAGCAACUGGAACAGAAUCUCGUAAGCAACGGAAUUGUCAUUCAGCGAGGUUCUCCUGCAGCAGGCCAUCUCAGGGUAUUCACCGUCAGCAACAGGGUUAAGCGUCAGGAUCAAGAUGCCCUGACCAUUCUCAUGGCUUCGCAGAACAUGGUGAACGACUUCUCCUUGACUCCCCAACAAGGCGGCCAUGGCUUAAGAAAUAUGGAAGUCUCCAACACCGUGUUGGCUGACAGAUGCCCUAGGAAUCCCUCCUGCACAAACAGCAAGUACCGAACUGCCGACGGUUCCUGCAACAACCAAAGGAACCCUGCUUGGGGAAUGAGUGGGACUCCACUACAGAGAAUCCUUCCUCCUACUUACGCAGAUGGUCUCAUGGCUCCAAGGACACAAAGCGUCACCGGCUCUGCCUUGCCAAAUGUACGAGCCAUUGGAAGCAAUGUCCUUGUGGAUGUUGAUAACCCUGACCAGAGCUUCACUUCAUCUGUGAUGCAAUGGGCUCAGUUCCUCGACCAUGAUCUUACUCAUUCUCCAUUCCCUACCAUGACUGAUAAUAACCAGGGUAUUGAAUGCUGUCCAAAUGGUCAAACUGCUCCAGAGAACCAACGCCAUCCAAGGUGCUGGCCCAUCGAUGUGUCCCAGGAUCCUUUCUACAGGCCUAGAGGGCAGACCUGCAUGAACUUCAUCAGGAGCAUGUUAGCUGUGGGCCCUGGAAGCGCUUGCACCUUCGGUUAUGCCGAACAGGUAAACCAGCUUACGCACUGGCUGGAUGGUUCCAUGGUUUACGGAUCUACUCAGGAUGAGCUGAUCGCCCUGAGGACAGGGCAGAACGGCCUUAUGAAGACUUCCGGCAACAAUCUCCUCCCCAUCAAUCCACGUCAAGGUUCAGAGUGUGAGGCUGAAGAGAGAAAUGCUCGGUGCUAUCAGGCAGGCGACUCCAGAGUCAAUGAGCAGCCAGGUCUCACAGCCAUCCACGUUGUGUGGUUGAGAGAACACAACCGCGUCGCCAGGGACCUCCAGACCUUGAACCCCACGUGGUCAGACGAGCAAGUUUUCCAGGAAGCCAGAAGGAUUGUCAUUGCCGAGCUUCAGCACAUCACUUACAACGAGUGGCUGCCUAUCAUAGUUGGACCCAACUUCAUGCAGUCCUUCGGCAUCAGCACCCGUACAAAUGGCUACAGCUUCGAUUACAACCCCAACUUUAACCCAAGCACAAACAAUGAAUUCUCUACUGCUGCCUUCAGAUUCGGACACACAUUGGUACAAGGAACCCUCAGGCUUUUCUCAGCCGCUGGACAAGUCAGCAACAUCCAGCUCAGGGACCACUUCAACUCUCCUCACCUGAUCCAGAAUAAUCCUCCAGCCCUGGACAUGAUUAUUCGCAGCUUCACUCGUCUGGCUAUCCAGCAGUUCGAUCCAUUUAUCACCCAGGAUCUGACCAACCAUCUCUUCCAGACCCCAAGAUUCAAUUUCGGCAUGGACUUGAUGAGCCUGAACAUCCACCGAGGCAGAGAUCACGGUAUUGCAACCUACAAUGACAUGAGGCAAAUCUGUGGACUUCCUAGGGCAAGGAACUUCAAUGACAUCACUGAUCAGAUUCCUGCUCAGAUCGCAGCCAACCUCGCCAGGAUCUACAGCAGCGUCGACGACAUCGACUUCUUCGUCGGAGGCAUCACGGAGAGACCUGUUUCCGGCGGCCUUUUGGGCUGGACCUUCCUCUGCGUGGUCGGGGACCAGUUCGCCCGUCUCAAGAAGGGAGACAGGUUCUUCUACGAUCUGGGAGGACAGCCCGGGUCCUUCUCUGAACCACAACUCCAAGAGAUCAGACGCAGCUCCUGGGCCAGAGUUCUCUGUGAUAACGCCGAUAACCUGGGAGAAGUUCAGCCUCUGGCCUUCAUGCAGAGCAACAACAGAUUCAACCAGCCUGUGCCUUGCAACAGCCCCCAGAUCCCCAGACCCAACCUCCAGUUAUGGCGGGGAGAACGCGUCUAAACUGAUAAAAACUGCCAAAAUUAUUUUUUAUAUCCUUAUCUUAUCGCCUUCAUCAAGAUAUGACACGGAUUGAAUCUCGUUACAUUAUUAUUUUUUCCCUUAUUCCUCCUUUAUCUGUAUCCGUUUCCUUUCUUUCCUUUUUGUUAUUAUGAUCACCAAGGUGAGACGGGCAUGUUAGGCCUAGUUCGUGUGGGAAGCCAUUUCCUUUAUUUUUUGUGCAUUAGAAUAAUCCGAAUGUGUUGAUUGUCUCAUCAUCCUUAUAAAUUAAGAAUUGUAAUUGUUGUGUAAAAUAAUAAUUUUGCUAUAUAA